AUGAAGCACAGCACUUCAUCAGUGACUGAGCACGACAGUGGCCAGGGUAUUUUACCAAUGUCUUCUCAUACACCAUCUGCGCCAGAAGAUAGCAGCAACAAGGAGUCCUAUGCUGUCUCUCCUCCGAGUGCCAAUAACUUUCUCGAAAAUGGCAGCAAUACACCACCGAAAAGUGGGGUGCCCAGUGCAUUGAGACAGAAUAUCUUCAUGAUUUUCAUUACCUUGACCCAACUGGUUCAGAUGAUUCCUUUAGGUGCUGCUAUUAAUUCUAGUUUCGCUAUCGAGGCAGCUUUGGGUGCUACAGAGGCUCAGUCGGUUUGGAUUGUUGCCUCAUACCCCUUAACUCAAGGAACUUUCGUUCUGAGUGGCUGUCGUUUAGGUGCGGUCUAUCGUCACAAAAACGUCUUUACCGCUGGUUGCGUUUGGUGGACUCUUUGGGCUUUAUGUGGUGGAUUCUCCGACAAUUUGAUAUCUAUGUGCAUUGUGAGAGGCUUCUGUGGAAUUUGUGGUGGUCUCAUGAUACCGAACAUUGUGGUUUUGCUAGGCAUCACUUUUCCACCCGGGAAGAAACGAAAUUUGAGCUUCGGUCUGUUUGGCGCAAUGGCACCAGUCGGCGCUGCCGGUGGUUCUCUAUGA